CUCUGAAAAGGCUGCGUGAAGCUGCCAAUAGCAACGACUUGGACACAGUGCAGCAACUCUUGGAGGAUGGAACUGACCCCUGUGCCGCGGACGACAAAGGCCGGACAGCCCUGCACUUCGCCUCCUGCAAUGGCAACGAUCACAUCGUACAACUGCUUCUGGACCAUGGGGCUGACCCAAACCAGAGAGAUGGGCUGGGAAACACCCCCUUACACUUGGCUGCCUGCACGAACCACGUUCCUGUCAUCACCACGCUGCUGCGCGGAGGGGCCAGAGUUGAUGCCUUAGAUCGAGCUGGCAGAACCCCACUGCACCUUGCUAAAUCAAAGCUAAACAUCCUGCAGGAAGGACUCUCCCACAGCCUGGAGGCUGUACGCCUUGAAGUGAAACAGAUUAUCCAGAUGUUACGGGAAUACCUGGACCGUCUGGGGAGGCAUGAGCAAAAGGAACAGCUGGAUGACCUCUGCUCCAGGUUACAGAUGACUAGCACAAAGGAGCAGGUGGAUGAGGUUACAGACCUCCUGGCCAGCUUCACGUCACUCAGCUUGCAGAUGCAGAAGAUGGAGAAGAGGUAAUUGGCUUCCAAGUCAUCUUCCUGAUGCAGGAGGAGAAGCCUAAGAGAGAAGAAGAGGAAGCUGAAGCUUGCUUCCCAGAUCACUGAAUAAAUGUUACUGUCCCUGUGGGUGCUGCCACAGCUGCCUCGUGGGGACGCAGCAGGCUUUGGACAACAGAGUGCUGCAGCUGAGACUUUU